AUGAUCUUAGAGCCUAUGAGCGAGCCGUCUAGUCAUAUACGGGAGGGAUUUGAGGAAGGAAAGCUACGAAGUGGAUUCAUAGAACCCGCCACAAUCACUGGGAAGAGAAAGAGAGGCGCAGAAGGGGAAGACGAAGAAGAUGAAGAUGGAGGAGAGUGGGUGGAAGUCAAGAAAAAGAAGAAGGUCAAGGGAGUAAAUCCGCUGAGCAUGAAGAAGCCAAAACAGAGGACCCAGACUGUGCAGAAACCGAAGAAGGCUGACGAAAAUACAGCAAAAGGAGACAAUGAUAUUGAUAAGGGAACAGAUGGAGCAAGCGAACAGUCAAAACCGAAGAGGAAACGACGGCAUAAAAAGAAAGCUGAGCAGAUUGACGGAGCUGAGAAGGAGAUUGAUACCCCAAUUGCAGAUACAGGGAUAUGA